AUAGGCUUUUUUGAGUUUGGGCAAGGGGCCCCAUGAUCACCUAUUGCCCGGGGGCCCCAUGAGUUGUCAGUCCGCCCCUGGCAGUAAAGCAUGCUUGUUAUAUUCACUGUGGAACCUAAAGGGUUAAUCCUCCACAUUGUGUACAAAUAAUGUUUGAUUCUGUCUUCUCUGAUCCUCCCCUUCUUCCAGUGUCUCCCAAAUAUCUACUGAUAGAACAGAGGCUAUGGACAAGCUGCACAUGCUCAGUUUGGUGUGUAUUGCUAGAGUUUUUUUUUUCCUUCGGAGAGUGC